AACGUAUACUGACCCCCCUUAUAUUCUUCAAAAUGAAGAAUAAAACAGUUUUUCCAAGAGAGUUAUAUCGUUAAAGAUAUAUAUAUUGCUUAAGUUUAUCGAUUAUUUAUAAAAACAUAUUUGUAACUCACAACAGGAGUAAUAUUAAUUACGUUGAAAAUUAAACAACAUGGGUAUUUUAAUCUAAUUUUAAACACGUGCUCUUAUAACUAAAUUACAACGUCAUAUUAUUUAAUUCUUUGAAAAGAUAAUCAUAUAAAAUGAAUCCGAUUAUAUAGUUAAGAAAUUUAUAAUUUGAGUUUGUUAGAGAUUUAAAUAUAUGUUUCAAAAUAACCCUGAAAGUAUUUAUGUUAUAAAUAAUUGCAAACAUAAUUUUACGAGCAUCGUCAUUCCUUUUCUGUCGUUUGUACUGCAAUGAUGGCAAAUCGGUAUGGGGUAAGUCUGUUGUUUCUACUGAUGUAACCAUUGUGUACCAUUUUAUGUCUGCAAUAACUUUUGAAGCGACUGUUUUGGAAAGGCUAGAAUAAAAAGAGUUAAAAUUGAUAAUGUCGGAUAUGUUGUAUCUAAUAACGAGUUUUUCUAUCCCAAUUAUCUUAUUGAAUUGAGGUGAGAAACAUCACCCUGACAUAUUUAAGGAAUGAAUAGUAUCCAUGUCAGUAUCUUGCUUUUAAUGCGUAUAUGGACUUUUGCAAGUAUUAUGUUAACAAUUUAAGUUGUUUUUCUAGAACAGUAUGACCAUAUUUGACAUUAUAGCCAAAUUUUGUCAAUCUGAAAACAUAUAUGUAUGAUCUGAUUUAUUCUUUAUCAUUGGCAAUACUUGUAGGAUUUCUUACUGAUUUUCCUCAAUGAUAACAUAUCUCAUCCAUUUUUAAAAUAAACAAAUCUAAACGAAAAAUGAUUUAACUUCAACGAAGAUAAUUUCAUAAAUAAGACGAGACGUUUUAUUGUGCAGAGCUAUAAUAACUGAAACACUGAUAAGAAUUCGUAACGGCCACUACUUAAAUCAUGUUGAAUAGAUGCGUAUAGAAUACGUCAAAUAGUUAUUAUCUUUUUUUUCCAGAAUUUUCAACUCGAUGAGCACAGUAUUACAGAGCUGAUAAAGCACUACCAUCGGUAUAUGUAUACAGACUAUGACAUUCGUCUUUUUUUCCUCCUCCGACAUAAUGUACAUUUAAGUGUGAGCAAACUCAGACGUAUCAAACGUAAAUUAGGUUUACGGCGAAACAACAUUGAAGAUACAUACGAAGAAAUAAUACCUGCUAUACAAGCAAUUUUGCAAAACGGAUACAAUGACUGGGGAUAUAAGUCCAUCUGGCGUCUACUUAAUGUUUCUGUGGGUAUACGCGCUACACAAGAAACAGUUCGGCGAAUUUUAAAUCUUUUGGAUCCAGAAGGAGUGGAACUUCGGGCAAGAAAUUGUCUAAGAAGAAGACUUUAUAAGAACAAAGGUCCAGGCUAUAUGGUACACAUUGAUGGGUAUGAUAAAUUAAAGCCAUUUGGAUUUUCGAUACAUGGAUGUGUAGAUGGAUUUUCAAGAAAAGUACUUUGGUUGCAAGUGUUAAGGUCAAAUAAAAAUCCAUAUGUAGUGUCUAAAUGUUAUUUUGAUUAUUUGAUCCGAUUUCAGCGUUUGCCAAAGAUUAUUCGUUGCGAUGGUGGAACAGAAAAUGUUGUCAUUUGUGAUGUUCACGCGGCAUUGAGAAACAGCGCUAAUGGAGAGUCAGAAAAUUUGUCAGUGAUAGUUGGAAGAUCAACCAACAAUCAACGAAUCGAAAUGUUUUGGGGAUUACUAAAGAAGGGUUUUACACAGCACUGGAGAAAUUUCUUCCAGGAUAUGCAAGAUUCUGGUUUGCUUAACAUGGCAAGAGAGGACGACAUAGAAAUACUUCGUUUAUGGUUUACCCCUGUCAUACAGCAUCAUUUAGACAUAUUCGCGGAGAACUGGAAUAAUCAUAGGAUACGUUCACAGAGAGAUUCUGAACGUUUCACGGGUGCUGUUCCAGAUGUUCUUUACUAUCAACCGGAACGUUUUGGUGUAAAGGAUUGUACUUUACCUCUGCCAUUCAAUGACGAUGAUUUACUACACCUGUCAACACACUUUAGUGUCUCAGAACCUCGGUAUAUGUGUACCGAAGAGUUCUUUGAAAGGUUUCUUAGAGCGAGCAGAUUAGAUGAAGAAAACCUUGAAUUCCCUGUCGAUAAAAAGGAUGCCUUAGAAUUAUAUACUCACACAAAACAAAUAAUGACAAUUUAAAAAAGAAUGCUUUUUGCUUUGUAAGGAUGCAAAUAUGUUAUUUCUUUGAAGAAAACAACAUUUUAUGUUUCGAAAGAUGCAGAUAUUUUUAUCAAUUAUUAAUGCUAUACUUGAAAUUUCUUGACUUUCAAACAACGUUUGUGCUUGUAACAUAAAGUGUUUUGCUAAUUGAAAUUAAAUUGGUUGACCAUUUUGUAUGGUUAACGUUUUGCUAGAAUAAAGCGAGUUAACGUUUCUUUGCUUUUUGUCAGUUUUCUGCAUUUAAGAAAAUAUGCUAAA